UGCUACUGGCACUGAACAGAAACAAAAGGCACGCAGAGGGCCCUGGUCCGCCUUUCACAGGGACACCUCCAUUAAUCCUCUUCGACAUGGAGAACCAUCACUGCUUGCUCUCUUCCCCUUCCUUAUAAAUAACUGCACCAUAGUUCUGCUCGGGCAUAGAGACAAUUGAUCAGCUUAAAGAGAUGACGGACAUUCAAAGUUCAAGAAAGGAUUCUGAAGCCUCUGUCGAUUGGAGAGGCAAACCUUGCAUGCCUAACAAGCAUGGUGGCAUGAGAGCUGCCUUCUUUGUUCUAGGGAUUCAAGCAUUUGAGAUCAUGGCAAUUGCUGCAGUUGGGAACAACCUCAUCACCUAUGUGUUCAACGAGAUGCAUUUUUCGUUGUCCAAGUCGGCGAAUAUAGUGACCAACUUUGUAGGGACUAUCUUCCUCCUGUCUCUGCUCGGUGGCUUCCUCUCGGAUUCCUAUCUAGGAAGCUUCUGGACCAUGCUGAUAUUUGGAUUUGUGGAGCUCUCAGGAUUCAUGUUGCUGUCGGUGCAAGCUCAUCUUCCACAGCUGAGGCCGGCCUCAUGCAGCAUGAAGUCGUCGACGACGGAGCAUUGCGAGGAGGCAAAGGGGUUUAAGGCCACUGUCUUCUUUGUUGCCCUCUACUUGGUGGCCUUAGGAAGUGGGUGUCUGAAGCCCAACAUGAUCUCACAUGGAGCUGACCAAUUCAGCAAAGAUGAUCCCGUUCAGUCGAAGAAGCUUUCAACUUAUUUCAAUACAGCCUACUUCAGCUUCUGUGUAGGGGAGCUCAUUGCCCUCACUCUCCUCAUUUGGGUACAGACAAGGUCAGGGAUGGAUGUGGGGUUUGGUGUCUCAGCCGGUGCCAUGGCCAUCGGGCUCGGUAUCAUGAUCUCCGGCGCCGUCUUCUACCGGAACAAACGCCCACAAGGCAGCAUCUUUACACCAAUAGCAAGGGUCCUUGUAGCUGCAUUCAGCAAGAGAAAGCAAAUUUGCCCUUCGAGUUCUGAACCACAUAUAUCGAUGAAUUCUGGCCGUCCACAUAUCGAUAAGUUCAGGUUCUUGGACAAGGCGUGUCUCAAAAGUGAAGAUGGAAGUAACACGAAGGAGAGCAAAUGGAGGUUGUGCACAGUAUGGGAAGUGGAGCAAGUUAAGAUCAUCAUGUCGGUGGUUCCGAUUUUCGCCUGCACGAUCAUCUUCAACACGAUCUUGGCACAGCUGCAGACCUUCUCUGUGCAGCAAGGAAGUGGCAUGGACACCAAAUUGAGUGACUCGUUCCAUGUGCCCCCUGCAUCACUCCAAGCCAUCCCCUACAUCAUGCUCAUUGCACUCGUGCCCAUCUACGAGACGUGCUUCGUUCCUCUAGCUCGAAAGUUCACCCGAACUGACGCCGGGAUCACUCCCCUGCAGCGCAUCGGGGUCGGGCUAUUCACAGUGACAUUAUCCAUGGUGGCUGCAGCUGUGAUUGAGAAGAAGAGGAGGGACACAUAUUUGGAGUCCAACAAGCUACUCUCCAUUUUCUGGAUUGCCCCCCAGUUCCUAAUCUUCGGCUUCUCAGAGAUGUUCACGGCGGUCGGGCUCAUCGAAUUCUUCUACAAGCAGUCAUUGGCCGGCAUGCAGUCCUUCUUGACAGCCAUGACCUACUGCUCCUACUCAUUUGGGUUCUACUUGAGCUCCCUGCUCGUCUCGCUUGUGAACAACAUUACAUCAACCUCUUCCACCAAAGGUUGGCUAAGCGACAACGACCUCAACAAAGAUAGGCUGGACCUCUUCUAUUGGCUCCUUGCUGCCCUCAGCCUUGUCAAUUUCUUCAUCUACUUAUUCUGCUCCAAUUGGUAUUCUACUUCUUCUCCAUCUCCAUCUCCAUCUACUACCACCGACGAGAACACCCGCACCGACUUCACUUCCUCUAAGCACAUUCGAGCUGAGGAAAUCCUGUAAAGCAUGACUUAUCAUCAUCCCCCUCGCAGUUUUUUGUUAUUAUAAGAAGAAAAAAGCAGUAUAGAAUUAGAUGAAGAAACUAGUGAUCAAGUGGUGAAUGGAGGAUCCACUAAGGAUCAAAGCUCCAAUGGUCUAGCAAAGCUAAACUUUUCUAGUCUUUGUUAAAGAACAACCUAUUUGUUUUUUUGUGAGUAGUAGACAUAUAUGCCUUAUCUAGAGCUCAAUGAGCAACUAUUUGACAUUGCAAUGUUAAUUUAGAUGUUCAGGCUUGCGCUCGAUUAA